GGCGGCCGGGGCAAAGGCUCGCUGUGAAUGCAGCGCGCUGCGGGUAGCGGCGCGGCGCGCUCGGUGGUGGUGGCGGCAUGGGCGGCGAGCAAGGGAUGCAGGCCGGGCUCGGUGGUGCACGCCGAUCGGAUCGGGCUGCGGCAGCCGGCUCUCAGUGUCGCUCAGAUCGCGGCGCGCGUUGGUCGUGCGUCGAGCGCGUGUGGAGUGAUGUCUGCGAGAUGAGGCUGUCGCUGGUGCUACUGUGGCUGGGCGCGGCGGCGGCAUGCGGCCCGAGCCGCGGCUAUACCCGCCGUCAGGGCUCGCGCCGCAUCACACCCCUGGUCUUCGGCCAGCACGACCCUAACAUUAGUGAAAACAAGAACACCGCCAGUGGACCUCCUGAGGGUCGCAUCACCAGAGACGACGAUAGGUUCAAAGACUUAGUGCCGAAUUAUAAUCCGGAUAUCGACUUCAGGGAUGACGAGGGUACGGGUGCUGAUCGCCUUAUGACACAGAGAUGCAAGGAGAAGCUGAACACGCUGGCGAUCAGCGUGAUGAACCAGUGGCCGGGCGUGCGGCUGCGCGUCAUCGAGGGCUGGGACGAGGAGAACUCGCACCUGGAGCACUCGCUGCACUACGAGGGCCGCGCCGUCGACCUGACCACCAGCGACCGCGACCGCUCCAAGUACGGCAUGCUGGCGCGCCUCGCCGUCGAGGCAGGCUUCGACUGGGUCUUCUACGAGAGCCGGUCGUACAUACACUGCUCUGUCAAAACAGAGUCAUCAGUCGGAACGGGCGCCGGUUGCUUCCCUGAGGGAGCCAUGGUGUAUACAGAACAAGGUCCCCGCGAUAUCUCUACGUUACGCAGAGGAGACAAAGUGCUGGCAGCUUCUGACAACGGCAAAAUGGUGUAUUCCGAGGUGUUGACAUUCAUCGACCGCGAUCCGAAUGCAACGCGACAAUUCAUCGAAGUGACAGCAGAGAAUGGUGUGACGAUAACCACGACACCGUCACAUCUGCUGCUGCUCGCAGCCGCCGACGGGUGGCGAGAGUCCUUCGCCUCCAACGUCGAGGUCGGCGACGUACUCCUCACGAGAGGACCGGCCGACGUGAUGAGACCGUCCAAGGUCGUGAGCACCCGAAUGUUGUCGAAGCGCGGCGUGUACGCGCCUCUGACGAGAACAGGGACCAUCAUAGUAGACGAUGUGCUAGCAUCGUGCUACGCGCUGGUCCGGAGCCACUCGCUGGCGCACGCGGCGAUGGCGCCGCUGCGGUGGAUGGCGCGGUGGGGCGGCUCCAGCGAGCUGCCGCGCGGCGUGCACUGGUACGCCAACGUGCUGUACUCGGUCGGGGACUUCGUGCUGCCGUCCUCGUACCGGUACCGCUAGCGCCGCGAGUGACUGACUUGAGUGGUCGUGUGAGUAGAUUCCGCGCGCGGGACGUGCACUAAGACACUGUUGUAAAUAUCCGUCGUGUAAAUAGUAGAGUGAGUAUGACAGACUAUGUUAUGUAAAUACUUAGGUCGCGAACAUUAAAAUGUUUAAUAUUAUAUAAUAUGCUCGUCGUUAACGAGCUUUACUUACCCUCAUUGGAAUUUAUUUAUUAAGUAAUUUUAGGAACUUAUUGCAAAUUUUGCAUAUUAUUUAGUUAACUUACGAAUAUUUUUUGUAAAUUGUAUCGGUAUUGUUAUUCUGCACAAUGCAGAAAUACUUAAAUGUAUGCGCUUAUGUUAUUUUAAGUUACUGUAUAAAGAUUAUGAAUAAAAUGAAUUCACUUCUUUAGCAAAUCCGAAGAAUAAUAUUCUGUCUGUAAAUCAAAUGUUUUGAUUGCAACAGUGCACAGUGUUCGUAUAUUCGGUACGAGUUCAGCUGUAACCAGACAUUCCAUAACUCUAAUCCUGUCGACUUACACACGUUAAAAUUAUGAAAUUGUGAUCUUGGUACCUAAAAACGUGCCUUAAGAUUUUUUAUUUAUUGUUAUUUAUAAGCUAGGUGUCUAUUUAUGAAUUGACGAAAGUAUUUAGGUCUAACUUAUUCUAUUAUGUCCGAUAUCUUCUCUACUUCUAAGUGCUUUAACUAUUUAUUUAAUACUCUCAUUCUUCCUAGUUUGUUGUCAAUGUUUCCUGAAACUCGUUUUUAUCUUUCUAACAAUGCAUGAGUAUUCUCAGUAUUUGACUUGUUUGAAAUACUAAUAAUAGACGUGUAUGAAGUACCUACUGUAGUAUCGGUGGACACUAACCUUAGUUAGUCGAAGUCUCGUCACCACUAACGGCGACUAUUAUAGAUCAUUUGUUAGAUCUUGAACUGAAGUAUGGGUUCCUAUAGAUUGAAUUUAGUGGAAUGUUGUAAGACUUGUGAGUGCAACGAUAAUUUUAGAAAUAAUUUCUAGGACAAAAUUGUAUGAAAUAUUUAUUAUACAUUCACAUGAUAAUUGCUAAAUGGUUGAUGUCAGCGACAAGCGUUAACUAAAACUCUAUAUAAUAAAAUAGUGAUUAGUGCUUAUGUAGACGAUACUAACAAAUUUGAUAGGUACAUACAUAAAUCGGAAAGCUUUAACUAAUAUUUGGACAAUACAUUUAUGCCAUAUUAAUAUUACUUAGUUUAAAAAACUAAAUGCUCUACAGUAGAUGUUACAGUACAGCCCUUUCAGUGUACAUCGAGGAAGAGUUUUAUUUAUAAUUUGAUAUCAUAAUAUGUUGACAGUUACUGUGGCAUAUAGUACGUUUGUAAACAUGUUUUAAACUUUAAAUAUGACUUGGCUUUUUAAAAAUAUUUUCUCCUUACUCAAAUACAUUAAGUGAUCGUCAUCGAGUUAGCACCCAUUUCCGUCACGUGAGUAUUUGUACAUUUGAUUAACUAUGACACCCUCAUGAAGUUUGUGUUUCUAGUUUAAAGCUUAGCAAUAUUUGCAUAGUUCCAAUAAAUAAAAUUACAAUGCAAAAUGUAAAGUACAGUCACUGUUUAAGUUAUUUUGACGUCAGAUUUAAGUUUUCACAUUUUUACCCAGUCAUUGGAAUCUUGUUUGUUAAACACGGUUACAACUAGUCAUGGCUGGUGCGUCAUUCAAUUGUACAUAUUGCUGGAAACACAACUGUUUGUUUUGUUUUAAAAUCCAUGAAUUCUAAGUAAAACUAUAUAGUAAGCUGAGGGUAUUUUCUAGACUACUUCUUUAGUAACUUUCUGUAUAAGUUUCAAAAUUAGAACCAUAACUUUCAGUAACAUCCAAAAUAGUCGUGAAUGUGGUAAAUAUUAUUUCAUUCUUACUUGUAAAAUAACCAACUUCCUUAAACAAUAUCUAAGACUAAUUGGAAAAUACUGAAUCUGAUAUUGUGUUCUGUUUUAAAUGCCAUUGUAUUCUAACUAGAACUUUGUAAAAAGUCGAUGACGAUCCAUAGUGUAACUGAUCAAAAUAUACACUGAUCCUUACCCUUUCUCAAAAUAUAAUAUACUAUUUAUACUUUCAACCGAAUCAUUGUUUUCUUUCUAUUUUUCUUCCAUUAAGAUUCUUCGAAAAUAACAGUAAAUAUGAUAUACCAACACUGCUGAGUUCCACAAUACUAACUAAAAAUGCUUACAAAACUCAAUAAUUCACAUGCAAAUACGAAUUGGUGAUAUCCAUUUUUCGCUAUGUAAAUUACAAUAAUACGUAAUUAUGCUUUUACACUAUUUAUUUAUUGACGUUAUAUUUGUAUUAAUAUAAAAAGGCUUCGCCACGAGUUCUGUAUAGUGGCAAACUGAAUAUUUUAGAGGUUCUUGUAAAGAAAGAAAAUGUUGAGGAUAAUAAUUGAUGUACCACUGUCGUAUUAUCGAAAUGUAUUAUAAUAUCAAAGUAAAUAAAAUGUUGGCUUCGUGGACAUAA